UGGAGCAUUCGGAAAUUGUUAAACGAUGAAUAAAAAUUCAAGAUCAGUGAGAAGCUUGAACAACUUGGAUGAGUUUUUCAACUAAACCCAAGCUUAUCAACGUGGUUGCAGCCACAGCCGUCGCAACACCGCCUCCUCCAGCUCCGGCGUCAAUACUAGCCUCUGCUCAGCCACAUCGGUUCUUCAGUGUUUCUUUAAACUGUACCAACAUGUUCUCUUUCUUAUUCCUCUCUCUCUCUCUCUCAUCUUCCUCAAGCUUUUGCAGAUGUUUCUAAUUCUCCACUAUAACCCUUCUUCCUAGGCUCUUAGAUUAGAUGAGUUUUGCUACACAAAUCCUCAGCAUUUCGCAUAAAUCAUUUCAAUUUAUAAAACGGUUUUCAUUUCUCGCAACCCCUAAGCUUCCUUCACAGCCCUCCGCCACCUCCAACCUAUUAACAGUCAAGAAGGAACAAAGCGGCGUCGUUUCAGUUCCGAGGACACCAUUUUUCCAGAAGCUUCCUUUGCGUGACUUAUACCGUCGGAUCUUCACGGCUCCUGAAUCGACGUCCUUGGUGGUUCCGAUAAUCGAGAAGUGGAUUAGAGAUGGCGGAACUGUUAACUACAACAGACUCCUAUCUGUUAUCAGGAAACUCAGAUCACGCAGAAGAUAUAGAAACGCCCUCGAGGUAUCGUCAUGGAUGUUUGAGAAAGGGUUUUCCAAACAUAAAUCUGGAGAUCUUGCGAUAAGACUAGAUUUGAUUGGGAAAGUUAAUGGACUAGAAGAAGCAGAAUUCUAUUUUAAUAGCAUUCCAAAGUACUUACGAACUGGAGAAUGUUACAGCUCUCUUCUUAAUUGCUGUGCUCAUGCUAGGGAUGUGGGUAGUGCAGAGCGCAUCAUGGAGAAGAUGAGAGCUUUGGGUUUUGCAAGGUCGAUUUUGUCAAGAAAUGUUUUGCUUAAUCUCUACUAUCAAACACAGAACUAUGACAAAUUGGAAAAUUUGGUAUGUGAAAUGCAAGAAGAGGGUAUUAAUUUCAAUAGCUAUACAUUUGGUACCCUGAUAAGUGCUUACGCUGCCACUUCUAAUACAGAGGGAAUUGACAAGCUUCUCGCACAGUUAGAGCAUAAUUGGAUUCAGUACUGGCAUUUAGAUUGGACUGUUUAUGCUAUUGCAGCCAAUUGUUAUAGGAAACAAGGACUCUUUGAUAAAGCUUUUAAUGUCUUAAAGAAAUCAGAGAGGCUCAUAACUAACAAAAAGAGGAGAGUGGCCCUUACUUUCCUUAUGACUCGAUAUGCAGCGAUAGGCAAGAAAGAAGAAGUGAUGAGGUUAUGGAAAAUUUUAACAACAGAUGGGAAGUUAUACAGUAGAGCUUAUUUAGCUGUAAUUGCUUCAGUUCUUAAGUUUGAUGACUUUGAAAGUGCUGAGAAUAUAUUUAAGAAUUGGGAAUCUAAAAAUCUGGGUUUUGAUAUUCGGAUUCCAAACUUGAUUAUUGGAGCUUACAGCAAGAAGGGCAAUAUGGAGGCAGCUGAAUCUGUUGUUGAUUGGACAAUCAUAAACAACGGAGAGCCAAAUUCAAAGACUUGGUCCUAUCUCUCAUGUGGGUAUAUUGAACAAGGUAAUUUUUCAAUGGCUAUUGAAUAUAUCAAAGAAGCCAUUUCUGUCUGUGAAGUGGGGCAUCACUGGAUGCAAUUUUGGGAAUAUUUGGCUGCCAUUUUUGAAUACUUGAAAAGUAAAGGAGAUAUGAAGGAAGUAGAGGAGUUGGUACGGUUACUUAGGAGCAAGGAUCUUGUCUCCCUUGACGUUCACAAGAAGUUGAUGAAUUGGAUUAAGGAUGUUGAAUCAAAUGUGCAUGUGAUUGAUGUGUUCUUUGGAGAGUCACGUAAACAAACAAAUGUAGUUUCAAAAGCCAAGGAAUACAGAUGCAGCAAUGAUAAGCAAUUCUUGCAAUAGGUCUUGCAUUUGUUGUACACAUUUUUGUAUAUGUAGGUUAGGAUUACCAAUUUAACCUAAUGGCUUGCUGUCAUAGUGUCAUUCAUGAUCUAUGUAUGCAUCUGUGUAAAAUGCCAGGUUAUUUUUUGUAUAAACUCUUAAAUUGAUAGAUUUAUCCAUUUCAAAUAACACUGAAAUUUAAAUA